AUGACUAUUUCAGGACUUGUUACCCCACACUCUCGUCCCGGAACUCCUUCCGGUUCAUCAUCGACACAUGCGCACACAUUGUCUAGACCCGCUUCAUCUGCCGCCACCACGGCCAGCACGGCCAUCACUACCGCUACCGCCACCACUGCAGGUGCAGGUGCAGGUGCAGGUGCAGGUGCGUCUGGAUCUUCUCCCUCAUCAGGCAAGCCCUCCAUCCCAUCAUAUGAACGAUCACUUUUCGACCAAUUCAUGACGUUAUACAAGAACUUGCUUGAGAUUAAAAACAAUCGAAAUCAAUAUAUUGACCUGAAACAAGUUUAUUCACUUUAUGACAAAUUUCUCAAUGUGAUCAAUGAGUUGAAAUUGACCAGAAAAGACGAGGAGUUGAAGGGAAUGAAGUUGGAUUUGCCCAAUAGCAAUGAUUCUAUAAUUGAUGAUAUUUUCCAAUUGUUGAGUUUGUGUUUUGUUACUUGUGGGUUGAUCAAGUUUGCACCAGCGACGUAUUCUAGCUUGAGCACGGUGAUGAAGUUGUUGACCCAUUUGAAGGAGUGCAAGGUGUAUACCAUGGCUGAUUUGGAGCCCGUGGGGCAACGAUUGUCGGAAAUUAGUGAGAUUAUACUAUCGAGUCAGGACAAGUAUGCUGCUGAUGAUGAUGAUGAUGAAGAGGAGGAGGAUGUGGGAGUAGUAGUAGCAGCAGCAGCAGCAGCAGUAGGAGGAGGAGGAGGAGGAGGAGGAGAAGGAGGGAGAGCAAGAAAUUGUGGUGCGUUGGGUGGCGGCAGGUUGCUGCAGAAUCACCAAAUUGAGGAGAAUUUAUUACGAAACAAGUUGAUCAAGUGUGAGGAUUUGUUUAAGCAGUUGGUUGAUAAUUUUGAAAAUAUACCUCAUGAUUUGGAGCCAAUUUAUCACCAUUUAAUUGAUUUGAGACAUGAGUUGUUGACGGUGGUUACCGAUUUUAGUCAAGGUGACGAUGAUGCCAUCAAGAGGAAUCAAAUCAAAGAUAAGCUUAUUGGGUACCGAAAUGAAUUGAAACAGAUUGAAUCUUUGCGUGAUGAGUCAGAUGGCAAAUUCCAUAGCACUGAAGUUGAAGAUGAAGCAAAGUUGGACUCAAUAGAGGCAGUUCUCAAUGGAUUGCUUGAUGAUUGUAACAACUUGAUAUCUGAUUUGUUGAUCCACGAUGAAACGUAUGCUUUACAACAGUUGGAGAUUGAUGAUGGCAACUCUGAGUUAAAGAGUCAAUAUGAUCAAGUUUAUAAGAAUUUACAAGAUAUGAAAUCGACAUUGGAAAAUAUUUUAUUGACUAGAAGGUGGACAUUGAGGGAAACGGAUUUAUACAAUUACCAAAAGACUUUGAAAUCAAUUGAUGAUGCAAGGAUCAAAAUUUUCAACCAAACUCCAAAGGGUAAAUAUAAGAAAUAUCAAACAUUGAUCUUGUACUUGUUGAGGAAAUGCUAUUCAAUAGUUUACAAAUUAUUGGAGAGUAGUGAGCCAGUUAGUGAGAGUUUGGCACCGAUCCAUAACCAGUUGCAAACGGUUAAGCGAUGCUUGUUAGAGUUGAAACGUGUUGAUGGAUUAAAUAAUUUGCGAGAAUUGUAUCCUUUCCAAUUCAAGUUGGCUUCAAUUGAUAAUUUACGAAAAGAUGGUAAGUUUAUUGUGCACCAGACUGUGCCCGAAGGUCAAGGAGCUGUUUGUGCUUUGUUGAGUGAAUGUUUUGAUAUUUUACAAGAGAUGAAGAUUGACUUAGAGGAGAAGGAAUUGGAAGAGGGGGAAGAGGAAGAAGAAGCAGAAGAAGAAGAAGAAGCAGAAGAAGUCGAAGAGGGAAAAGAUGCAGAAGAAAACAGGGGAAUUGAGAAGGAUGUUACAAAUAUCAACAACGAUGGUGCAGGCACCAAUGAUUCGUAUCACACAAGUAGUAAUAAUGGUGGAAUUUUUUCGUCAACGUCACCAUCAUCAUCAAAAGCUGUGCCUGCCAUUGCAAUUAGUGGAAGUUUCACCAAUUCGAAAGCUACUGGUGAGGGUGGAAUAGGUACCAAUGCCGACGAGGAUGAUGUUGAGUUGAAGAGGAAUAGGUUUAAGGACUUCAAUGAGGCUGAUUAUGAUGUCGAGAGUGAAUCUGCGUUUGGUGGGGAUGAUGACGAUUACGAGAGUGCGUUUAGUGAUAGCGAAGCUGAAGGUAAUGAUUAUUAUUGA